AUGUCCGGGCUCGACAGAGUAAUACAGACCCUGAAGGAUGUCUUUGGACAUGACGAGUUCCGCUCGGAAGCCCAGGAAAACGCAACGAGGGCCGUUGUACGAGCCCGUACCUGUAGUGGGAGGAAGGAUGUGUACAUCUCCAUGCCAACAGGAGCAGGGAAGUCUCUGUGUUACCAGCUGCCAGCUGUCAUGGCUCCGGGCAUCACGAUGGUGGUGUCUCCUCUUAUUGCACUCAUGCAGGACCAGCUAGAACACCUCCGCAAGUUGAACAUCUGUGCAGAGUCUCUCAACUCCAAACUGAGCGCAAAGGAUCGCAAGAGAGUCCUCGCCGACCUUCGCAGCUCCAAACCCAAGACCAAACUCUUAUAUAUCACCCCUGAACUGGCUGCUACACCCGGGUUUCAACAACUCCUGGAAACCCUCAAGACGAGGAGGUUGCUGGCUCACUUAGCGGUGGACGAAGCCCAUUGCGUAUCGCAGUGGGGCCACGAUUUUCGUCCAGACUACCUCAAACUGGGCAGCUUGAGAGAGAAGCUAGAAGACAUCCCCUGUAUCGCACUCACAGCCACUGCCACCCAAACUGUACAGAAGGACAUCAUAAAGAGCUUACACCUGCAGGAGCCUGUGCAGAAGUUCAAGACCAGCGUGUUCAGGCCUAACUUGUUCUAUGAUGUGAAGUAUAAGGAAGUGCUGGAAGAUCCUUAUGAAGACUUGAAAGACUUUGCUGUGAAGGCAUUGGGAGAGGAAGGGGUAGAACCAGUCAAGGCAGUGAGUACCUUGCUUUAG